AUGGAUACCGAUAUUUUAGUAAACGAUAAGGACAAUCUCUACGAUUUCUGCCUGGAUGAAUUUAACGCCGAAUGUCAUUGGUCAUCUUUAUUAAAUUCAGCCGAUGCAUCUCCUAGUGAGAUUCUCGCUGAUGCUGCACCAAGCCUUGUGCCCGCAGUUUCUCCGGUUUCCAGUAUUAAGUCAUCAGCUACAGAAAGCAGCAAUUCUGACUCUAGUAGUGAGGAUGAUACCAAGAGUAGUACCAGUAAUAUAUCAAAGCCGUUGAAAUGUGAUUGGAAUUGUGAUGGAUUGAAAGGUGAAACUUUGUGCCAGUUAAAACCUGAAGAUGUAGAAUUAUUUCUACAAAGAUCAGAUAAAAUCCUUGGAACUGCAAAGCAAACAAGCAGUAACAAUUUAGGAAAAAAAGUUCCUGUUAUGUCAAUAGAAAAUGGUGUUAUAAAGGUCAAUGGAAUUGGUAGUUUUAUUAACCCUAGUUCUAUUACUACACAAUCUUCAAAAGUCACAAAACAAAGUUCUUACUUCAAUGUUGAAAACGAAAAUUUUCACACCACAAAAAAAGAAGAUAAAGAGCAAAUAAUUCCACAUCAAACGAAAGUGCCAAAUAUUAUCAAAACCUCUUGUAAUCCUGUAAUGAUUAUACCUAGUGACCUGGUAACCCAAGCUAGAAAUACAAGCAAAGUUGCUGUCCCAACAUUGCCACAGAUAGUUGAUCCUCCAAAUGGCUUUCAAAUUAAUUCACCAAGGCCAAAAUGCCACAUAACAUUAAGUCCUAGACCAGUUCAAGCAGAAACAAUUGCAGAAAAUUCAAGUGAUUCUUCUAAUUCAAUUAUUGGGUUAUCUCAUCUAAGUGAUGCAGACCUUAAGGCUCUUAAGAAACAACAGAGAAUGAUUAAAAAUCGUGAGUCUGCUUGUCAGUCGCGACAAAAGAAGAAAGAGUAUGUUACAGCUUUAGAACAACAAUUGCUUGAGGCACAUCAAGAAAUCGCUAGGUUGCGAUUAGAGAAUAAGAUUCUUAAAAAUCAACUCGAGUCUAAUGGAAGAAGUAGAAAAAUACCUCGCCUUGAUUCAUCAAUUUUAGUACCAAAGAAGAAUAUUGCUGUUAUUUUUGCGAUGGUUUUCAUGUUGUCAUUAAAUUUCAACAUACUAGGAUGGAGUUCGAGACCGUUUGUAGGCCCUACAACUUCUCAUGUUGGAAGCCGGCAUUUACUGUGGUCAGAAGAUAGUCCAGAGAACUCUUUGGAAUACAAUCAAGUCAAUAAAACAUUGGAAUAUGGAGUUGAUUGUCAAAAUAGUACAACGUUUGAAAAUAUAAAUCAAACGGAAAGUAUAAGGAUAGCUGGUGAUUUGGAAAGGUGGAUUGGUGGUGGGAAAACUUUUAACAGGACCAAACCACCAAGAACUAGAAGAUAUGUGAAUGAAGAGCAAAUUAAUGGUGGUUUAUUAGAAGCAUACAACUUAUUCAACAAAGCAAAUUUUGACGAAUACGUAGAUUUUCCUGGCGCAUCGAAGAAUGGGAAAAACAUACGCGAUAAAGCGCGGUUACGGCGCUUGCGCAGGUCGAUGUCGGAGAAAGAAAUGGAGUUUGAGAACGGAAUGUAUUACGAAAGGCUGUAUAAUAUAAGGAAUAAUAAAAAGGAGUUUAAUGUUAACGAAAUCGGGGAAUGGCAAGAGCUGCUGCAAGCGUUGCAGAGGCGGGAUGACACUUUCUAUGUUGUUGGUGUGGGGAAAGGCGAGCAUUUAUUGCUGCCGGCUGUGUCUCACAAUGUUACAAGGCCGCCAAAGAUGGCGCUUAUAUUGCCUGCCCGGUCUGGCAACGAAUCAGUAUUGAGUGAUCACGUGACGUUAAUGCAAAUCGAUUGCUCGGUUGUAAACACAACAAUAGUCAAACUGAAGUCAGAAGCAUUACCCAAGAGCUUGCGAAAAAUGAAAAAUAAUUCUACCAAUCCCACGUUUGACAACCCUAAAGCGAGACGAACGAAGAGCAAACCAGUGGUUGUGCAAAAACCCUACCAUAAUGCUAGUUAUGAAUCGUUUAGGGCAAAAAAUAAUUUAUGUGAGCAUGAUACAAAUAGAAUCUUAAAUCUAUACAGAAGUUCUCAACAUCAUCCUCUGAAGUUUAUUGAAACUGAAGAUCGGUGGAGACAAAAAGAUGGAGUGUCUCGCAAUUGGGAAUUAAUUUAUAAGGCUCCUAUGGACAAACCUAUCAACUUUGCAUCUACAUAUUUGACUGUUUCCUCUAGCACUAUAGGAGCAGCAACCCUCUAUUAUACAGCUUUCAUGCUAGAUGUAAACACUAUAAAUGAGCCAAUGGUAGUUGGAGAAGAUGUGGUCAUUGCAAAUAAUGCAACCGAAUUCCUUAUCUAUCUCACAUCAUUUUUUAUAUUCCAUGUAGCAGUCAAAGUACUUAUAUCAAAAUAUGUUCUAAGGUUAUAUCAAGAUGGUGACAAUUAUUUAGCUGUGUUUAGAGGACAUUGGUACAAUUCAAUUCAGAAGCAUAAGUUUCAUCUCAAUGAGUUUAAGAAGUUGAAUCCUACGUUUGUUGUGUCUUGGGGUCACUCUAGAUAUGGCCUAGGGAGCAAACAUGGAAUACUAAUGGAUCUCUAUUUCAAGACUCCAGAAUACUUCAAUUAUUUAUUGUAUAAGAAAAAAUUAGAGAACCCUGACGAUAAUUAA